UUAAAACUGGCAGUUGAAGCUGUAGGAAAAGUAACCUAAUUGCACACUAUGCACCCUUCCAUGAUCUCGAGGCUCGAGCAGCUGAGUCAGGCAGUUAACAGCUAUCACUGCUCCUCACACUGUGAAGUUGUGCGCUCCCAUCACCUCACUACACUGCAAACAAACUGACGAGAACAGGAGACUAGUCAACGUGAGAGAAAAAAACAACUACUUGCCAAACAACAAUACACCCAUACACCACCACCACCACCACCACCAGUAACAAGAUCGAGACAGGAGCAGCGAUGGGAGGAGCCAAGGCAACGAGUAGUGGCAGCGUUGGGUGGCGAGUGGCGGACCUGCUGGCCACCAAGAUGGAAGGUGGCCACUUUACCGAGGAGCAAGUGGCGUGUAUCAUCCAGAUGGUGACAGACGGCUCCAUGGAUGACUGCCAGCUGGGUGCGCUGCUGGUGGCCGUCAAGGUGUUCGGCAUGAACCCUGAGGAGGUCGUGGCGCUCACCAGGUACAUGCGUGACUCAGGACGAGUGUUUGAGUGGCCGCAGGAGUGGAAGACGGUGGACAAACACAGCACAGGAGGCGUCGGGGAUAAGGUGUCUUUGCCGUUGGUGCCCUCCCUGGCUGCCCUCGGUCUCCACGUGCCCAUGAUCAGCGGGAGGGGCUUGGAACACACCGGCGGGACUCUUGACAAGCUUGAGAGCAUUCCAGGUUACCGGGUGGCACUGUCUGAGGAGGAGAUGCGAGCGGCCCUGAGUGAGGCUGGGGGCUGCAUCGUCGGACAAACCAGUAACAUCACGCCGGCGGACAAACGCAUGUACGCAGCGAGGGACAUCACCGCCACUGUUAACUCCCUGCCUCUCAUUGUGUCUUCGAUAAUCAGCAAGAAGGCAGCGGGGGGCAUGAAGGCUCUAGUCCUGGAUGUCAAGUAUGGUGACUCCGCCUUUAUGAAAACAGUGGAAGAGGCGAGGACACUGGCGAAGGCGAUGGUGGAUGUCUCAGGUGGACUCGGCAUUAAGACCACGGCGCUUGUCACGGAAAUGAGUAACCCAAUAGGAAAGGCCAUCGGGAACGCCCUUGAGGUGAUGGAGGCCCUCGAGUGUCUCAGAGGGCAAGGGCCAGCUGAUCUGAAGGAGCUGGUGGUGCAUCUUGGCGGGGAGCUGGUGGCGGCGGGGGGCUUGGCGAGCUCGGCGGAGGAAGGUCAGCGUGCCGUGGAGAGAGUCCUGAGUGACGGCAGCGCUCUCGCCUCCUUCAGAAAGAUGCUCGUGAUGCAGGGCGUCUCGGAAGAAGUAGCCGCUGAACUGUGUGGAGAAAAGCCGAACUACUCGAAGCUGCCCCGUGCCGCCUCCAUCACCCCUGUCCACGCCGCCACUACAGGUGUGAUAAGCAAGUUGGACGCUAUGAGUCUCGCCAAGGUGUGUCAGAAGCUCGGGGCGGGAAGGGAGCGCACCGGGGACUCAAUUAACUUGGCUGUGGGCAUUGUGCUGAGAAAGAGUGUGGGCGAGCAAGUGGGCGUAGGCGAGGCGUGGGCGGACAUUCACCACGACACCCCCCUCCCUGCGGCACUGCUCUCCAAGGUGGCAGAGGCUGUGGUCAUUGAAGACACGGACCCUUACCCUACCACCUCACGCAUCGCCGCCCGUGUCUCCUAGGUUAUAUCCGCCACCCUCACCCCUGUCACGUCUAGCCACCCUCACCCCUGCCACGCCGCUUACCCAUUCUUCCCACAUCUCCUAGCUACCCUUCACACCCUUGCCCACCCCUCCCCAAUCCCUGCCACGCCUCUUAACCGUCCUUCCCACGUCUCCUAGCCAUCCUCCCCUGCCACGUCUAGCCACCCUCACCCCUGCCACGCCUUCUAGCCAUCCUCCCCUGCCACGUCUAUCCACCCUCACCCCCUGCACGCCUCCUAGCCAUUCUCCCCUGCCACGCCUCCUAGCCAUCCUCCCCUGCCACGUCUAGCCACCCUCACCCCUGCCACGCCUCCUAGCCAUCCUCCACAGGUCUUCUAGCCAGCCUUCCCACCCCUGCCAUGUCUAGCCAUCCUUCCCUUGCCGCGUCUAACUACCCUCACCCCUGCCACGCCUUCUAGCCACCCUCCCCCACCCCUGCCACGUCUAGCCAUCCUCCCCUGCCGCGUCUAGAUACCCUCCCCACAACUGCAGUCUCUUCCAGCCAUCUUCCCCACCCCUGCCAAGGCUAUCAAUCCUCCCCACCCCUGCAGUCUCUCUAACCCACCCUCCCCUGCCUGUGUGCUGGGAUGCCAAGACGCUUUUUUUAUUCUUUUUUUUUUCCCUUUUUUUUAAGGUCACGGGGUGUUUGCUGUUCCUCCCCCUCUAGAAAUCUGAGUGAAGUGUGUGUGUGUGUGUGUGUGUGUGUGUGUGUGUGUGUGUGUGUGUGUGUGUGUGUGUGUGUGUGUGUCUUUUUUUUUAUGUGAGAGAGGAAAGAGGGAUUAGAGCAGCAGAAAAGUAAAAAGGUCCACUUAGUUGCCAGUCCCCGUGUUGGUCCGAAAGUUAGGCAAAACGUAUAGACUCUUCCUAGCAUUACAUUUUCUUUCCUUUUUUAAUGUAAAAGUGGAAAACUGGCCAAAGAAAAAAAAAAAAUACCCACUUAGUUGCCAGGGCCGGUGUCACAUGCCAAAGUGACACCGCCGUGGUACAGUGGAUCCGUGCGUGCUUUGGGAUCCGAGGGGUCUCCAAGCGCACGGGUUCGUAUCCUGUCUACGGUCCGAGUGUAGGUUGGGCUUCCUCACUCGGGGCAACGGUUUCCUAGCGGGUGGGCUUUGAAAUAGGAGGUACCCUUAAUAAGUAUCCCCUUUAGCCCAGAAAUUCCCGUGAAAAGCCCACAUGGUAUAAGAAAAAAAAAAAAAAGUGUGGCCCGUGACAAAGUGUUUAAUUGCGUCUUCUGCGCAUGUGCGGCCUGGGAGCAGACGACAGUCACACUAUGGCAUGCCUGUAGCUGUGACAGUGUGACUCGUGAUUUUGUGUGAAUUCAAACAAAAUUUUAUUUUUUUAAAGAUAUUACAGCAGCCAUUGACUUUCAGCUUGUAUCAGUGGAAAGACUAGGGCCUCACUAAAUAAGAAAAAGAACCAAAGAGCAUAAAUAUCACUUAUUUGUUUGAUAUGGCUGGCCUAAAGUAUGCUGUGACUGAAAACAGUGUUAAUAUAGCUCAUUUUGCAAUAAUACACCAGACAUGGACCUUGAAAUGUAUGUCAGUGGAAAGAUUGGUGGCUCGUUAUAUAUUACACGCAAGCAUAAGGCAGAAAUAUCACACUCUAUCAUUGGCUGGCCUGAAACCGUGUGUGGCUCAAAAUAAAAUGUUUAUGUAGGUCAUUUUUCAGUAAUACACAAGCCUUGAGCCUUGAAAUGUGUGCCAUUGGAAAGAAUAGUGCCUCAUGAUAUAAAAAAGAUAACUGUAAAGUAGAAAUAUCACACUCUGUAUCAAAAAUAGUGUGGAGGUCAAACUAAAGUGUUUUUGUUUAAUAAUAGACAAGACUUGAACCUUGAAAUGUGUGAGUAGAAAGAUUACUGCCUCAUUGUAUAAGAAACAUCAGUGUAAAGUAAAAAUAUCACAUUCUGUAUUAUAUGGUGACCUAAAACAGUGUGUGAGUCAGAAACAUGUAACUCAUUUUUUAGUAAUACACAAGACUUGAGCCUUGAAAUAUGUAUCACUGAAAAGAUUACUGCCUCAUUGUUUAAGAAAGAUCAGUGUAAAAUAGAAAUCACAUUAUCUAUCAUAUAGUUGGCCAGAAACAGUGUGUGACUCAAAAGCAAAGCAUUUAUGUAGCUCAUUUUUCAAUAAUACACAAGACACAGUCCUUUAAAUGUGUGUCAUUUUAAAGAGUAAUGUCUCAUGAUAAAAUAAAGAGAAGUAUAAAGUAAAAAUGUCAUAUUCUGUAUCAUAUUGCAGGCCUGAAACAUUGUGUGAAUCAAAACAGUUUUUCACACAAGACCUGUCAUGAUGGGUGUCUCAGUACCAUCAAAUACCAAGCAUAGAAACAUAAGAUAUAAAAUUCACACUGAUUUGUCUGCAUGCGAUUGUGUGAGAUAACGUUGACAUAGCAUGUGUUGUCAGUAUAUGUGAUUUUUGUUUUGAAUUGUGUAUCUUAAUGUUCAAGAUUUAUGUUUCGGUAAAGAUAUUAUUCUUG